AUGAGUAAAUCUUAUUCCAUGCAGGAUAUUUACCAGAAGAAUGAUUUUAGUGGAUCUUUUAAAAUGGAGUCAGAGAUGGGGACAGCCAUAGCAAACCCAAACUACACAGAACCUUCAUGCUGCCUGAGUGUAAAAAACGUGUCCUAUACUGUCAGUGAGCAUGUAGGACCCUGGUGGGACCUUCCAUCCUAUAGAAAAAAAUGGACAAGGCAGAUAUUGAAUGAUGUGUCAUUUCAUGUGAACAGUGGUGAGAUCAUGGGAAUUCUGGGAAACUCAGGUUCUGGUAAGACCACUCUUUUAGAUGCUAUAGCGGGAAGAAUUGGGAAUUCUGGUUCUCUCCUGGGAGAAGUUUAUAUAAAUGGAAGAAAACUUAAAAGGGAGCAAUUUCAAGACUGUUUCUCCUAUGUCCUGCAGAGUGACAAUCUGCUGAGCUACCUGACAGUGGAGGAAACCCUGACAUACACGGCUCAGCUUGCUUUAAGACAUCACUCUGCUGAAGCCAUACGCAAGAAAGUAACUGCAGUCAUGGCAGAGCUGAGUUUAGGACACGUGGCUCACAGCGUGAUAGGGGGCCGCAUUUUCCCUGGUAUUUCGGGUGGAGAGAGAAGAAGGGUCUCCAUCGCCAGCCAGCUUCUUCAGGACCCCAAAGUGAUCCUUCUGGAUGAGCCUACCACAGGAUUGGACAGCAUGACAGCCAAUCAGAUUGUGGUGUUGCUUGCCGAACUGGCCAAAAGGGAUCGUAUUGUCAUUGUGACCAUUCAUCAGCCCCGGUCAGAACUUUUCAGAAUCUUCAAUAGAAUAGCGAUCAUGAGCAAAGGAGAACUGGUGUUUUGUGGACAGCCUGGAGAGAUGGUUGAUUUUUUCAGCAGCUGUGGAUACGAAUGUCCUGAGUACUGCAACCCCUUCGAUAUUUAUGUUGAUAUGACCUCUGUGGACACACGCUGCAGUGAGAGGGAGGCUGUUACCUAUAGCCGAAUGCAUGACAUCACAUCAGCCUUUUGCAGCUCACACAUCUAUAAAGACAUGCUGGAGAGGAUCGAACACAGCUGCCAAAGACCAGACAAACCCAUGAUCCCCUUCAAAAGCAAAGAGUCCCCCAACUGCCUUUCCAAACUGACCGUUUUGCUUAGGAGGACUGUCCGUAAUAUGUCUCGUGACAGAAUGGGGAUUCUCAUGCGCCUCUCUCAGAAUCUGAUCUAUGGUCUCUUCAUUGCUUUUUUUCUAAUGAAACUGGAAAUUGAUGUAGCUAAAGGUGCUGUGCAGGACCGAAUCGGCAUAAUCUACCAAGCUAUGGGUGCUUCACCCUAUACUGGCAUGCUGAAUGCUGUGGCUCUGUUUCCUGCUUUAAGGGCCAUUUCUGAUCAGGAGAGUAAAGACGGCUUGUACCAGAAAUGGCAGAUGUUUCUGGCUUAUAUUAUUCAUAUUCUUCCCUUCAGUAUAAUCAGUGUCUUCAUCUUCACCUCUUUCUUAUACUGGACUGUUGGCAUGAAUCCAGAUCCCUUGAGAUUCCUAUGUUUUUCAGCGGUGGUCCUGGUGCCUCAUGUUAUAGGAGAACUCCUAACAUUGGUCUUGUUGGGUGUUGUUCAAGACCCCAACAUGGUUAACAGUGGGGUAGCUCUACUAAAUGUAGCUGGUAUCAUGGUGGGCUCUGGCUUCCUAAGGAGUUUUAAGCAAAUGCCUGUGGUAUUCCAGUGGUUGAGUUAUCUAACCUUUCAGAGGUAUGGAUGUGAGCUUCUGAUCGUCACUGAGUUUUAUGGCCUGAACUUCACUUGCGCACCUUUACCUGGUUUGCCAGGAUCAUGUUUAAUAGAAAGUGGCAAUCAGAUCAUAAAUGAAGGUUAUCCGGGAGCCCCCUCUCGCUACACACAAGACUUUCUGCUGCUCUAUGCAUUCCUCCCUGCACUCGUCAUACUGGGAAUAAUCACCUUUAAGAUACGAGAUUACCUCACCAGACGCUGAGCUGUUUUUAGUUUUUGUGUGUUUGCAAGAGCAAAUUUGUUGUCAAUUAUUCCUUACAUAAGUUAUCUUUGGGAUAUUGUACAUCAUAUAAAAAAAAACUGUGUAAGCCACAACAUCAACAUGAAAUCAACCUGCAAUUUAUCUGCAAUUACUGUAUAUAUUUUCUCAACAAUUGUAUAUAUAUAAUUUCUAAUGUGACUGUAAAUACAUUUACAUUGUGUUAUACACAAUACAUGUUUAAUAAUAAACAGAAAAUAAUGCAUUGCAAAUAUAUGUUAUAUUAUUUUAACUAGAAUGGGAUCUUUUUUAUGGGUGUGUUACUUAUUUUAAUAGGCUUUGUCAAACAAAGACGUCAGAAUAAUGUGAUUAUAACCAAGGUAAACAAAUGUGCAGAAUUGGAUAAACCAAAUGUCAAAUUUUAGUACCUAACAAUGAAAAAAAUAUUGUGAAAUAGUUAUUUUACCAUGCAUGCUUUCUUCCUGAAAAAUUUGAAUGCAGCGGAUUAAUAUUUGAAGCCCCCCACUCACAAUUUCUACCAAAUAAAGUACUGCUUGACAUGUUGUCUUGA